AUGGGGCGCAGUAGGUCGAUGAUGUUGCUUCUGGCAGUAGUAGUUAGUUGUGCAGGGCUGUACUACUACGAAGCAUUUCAUGAUGUAUACAGAGCGCUGGGAAGUGCCACGGCGUAUGUCAAAGGCUCGUUGGAAGGAGAGAGUCCGGAUACGGCGCCCGACGAGCCACCCUACGGAGCUGUAGUAGCUGCAAGGCAGAAUCGUGUGGACCUGUCCUGGAUGACGACCAGUAUUCUCAUGGAAAGGUAUGUGCUCGCCGGCCGCGCAAAUUGCAAUCACCUGCUGAUAGCCAAAGCUGGGAGACGUAUCCAUACAACGUAGACAACCCUCAGAACUCGGAUCCGCGGCUUCGGAUUCCAAAGAACAAGGGCCACGAGGCAAUGGUAUACUUGUCGUUCAUCAUCGACAAUUACGAUUCUCUGCCGUGGUGUACCUUCUUCAUACACGGCCACUUCCUCUCCUGGCAUCAAGAGACUCCAAUAUCGAGACGCAUCAGCAGCCUGAACAGGACUGCUCUCGCUCGAGAAGGGUACAUCUCGUUGAGAUGCGACUGGUAUCCAAGCUGUCCGGCAGAGAUCCGUCCGCAUGCACACGAUGCCAUAGCUUGGGGACCGGGCAUCAAGCACCGGGAGACUGAGGAAGCCAUUGCCGGGAACUGGAGACAGCUAUUCCCCGGAGAGAGAUUGCCGGAGACGUUAGCCUCGCCUUGCUGUGCGCAGUUCGCGGUGACCAGGAAAGCGAUGCGCAGGAGGCCCAGGGCAGACUAUGAGAGGAUGCGCGAGUGGCUUCUGGGCUCAUUGCUUGAGGACGAAGUCAGCGGUCGGGUGUUUGAGAAGCUGUGGGCGUAUAUCUUCGUGGGCGAUGCGGUGCAGUGAGUGAGAUGCUGAGGGAGAUGCGAUGGGUUGGACUGGGAUCGUAGAGCUGACUAGCAUUCACAGUUGUCCGCCGCCUCAACAAUGCGCUUGUGAGUUCUUCGGCCAGUGCGAAGAACACGAAUGGCAGGAGCCUCCCGAAGGUCUCCAGUCGAUCCCGAAUUGGCCAUGA